UAAGAUACAUAAGCAAAUGUCAAAUUACAGAUUUCCGCCUCGUGCUGUGUUUCAUUCUUUCUUAUUUGUUCGUUUGUGAUUCUGGUUCAGCGCUGGUCAAUUAUUAAUUUUCACCUAUAAAAUUGAUUAUCUCGACCAGAAACAACUUAAAAUGGCAUCUGUAGAAAAGGCAAAUCCCGAAAAACCCGGACAGGAAACUGCUCCAAUCCAUCACAUCAGGAUUACUUUAACUUCCCGCAAUGUUCGAUCAUUGGAAAAAGUUUGCUCUGAUCUUAUUGAAGCAGCCAAAAAACAAAAACUUAGGGCCAAGGGACCUGUACGUAUGCCCACCAAGAUUUUGAGAAUAACAACACGUAAAACUCCUUGUGGUGAGGGUUCAAAAACAUGGGAUAGAUUCCAAAUGAGGAUCCACAAAAGAGUUAUUGAUCUACAUUCCCCCUCAGAAAUAGUUAAGCAAAUAACUUCCAUUAAUAUUGAGCCUGGUGUAGAAGUUGAAGUCACCAUCGCAGAUGAUUAAUUAUUUCUCAUGUAACAUUUUGUAAGUAAUAAAGUGUUAUGUACUAUUUUUA